UUUACAUUUCUCAUUUACUCAUGAUGAUCUCAAACAAGUCUCGCAGGUACAUAAUCAGCACUACAUUCAUCCAAAAUACGCUCAUACUCAGCCAUUACCUGAAGAGUAUUUUUCUGGAUACUCUUAAGAACCUUUUUGGCAAAAUGAGAUGGAAUAAAUGGUUAACAUUCGUUCCUUUUCUUUCUCUCUGUUUUGCUGCCAAGCCUAUUGACGUUAAGGUAUCCACAGCAUUCAGCAAGCCCUCGUUUGUAGCUCUAUUAGCCGAAUCUUUACAUGAAGAGAAUAGAGAUAGUUUUCUUUGGUUUUUAGACAACCUACCUUCAAUUAGAAAGGAUGACUUGAUAACCGAUGAGCAAUUAUAUAACCUCACGGUUGAAUCCCUAAAGGCCGAUAAAAUACUAUCCCAAGAGGAAUUAACUACAUUUUCUUAUUCAGUCGCAUUAUUAAGUGGUGCUCCAAAGCUGGCUGCUUUUAGCAGCAUUGUUUCGUCUCAUGCUGAAGAUUGUAACACUUUCCUUGUAUUAAACGAACAAACGAAUCUUUGUUUUUCUGAUCUACCUGAAGAGUCUCUUAUAUUUUCCGAGAAUUAUCAACCUAGUCCCCUUGAUUAUAAAGUUAUAGGAGAUAAUUUAUCAGAAGGGCUUCCAGUCGCUGUCAUAGUUUCCGAUUUUGGAGUUGAUUUAGACAAGUUCCACAAACUCUACUCAUCCCUCGCGAAAAACAAAAAAUGUAACUACAUUUUACGCUACGCACCUUCGCAGGACACUGAGUUAGAGAAACUUUAUGUGAGCAGUUUCGGAGCUCAUGCUUCUCUAAAGCGUACCGACUAUCUAGUAAUGGAUGAUCGGGAAAUACCCAUGUCUUCUAAUGAAAACAAUACCUCUAGGAUUGAUAAAUCUAAGAAGAAAAAAGAAGUUCUCUUUGACUUAGAUUCCGAUGAACUGGAAACCGUCACUCAGAAUGAGAUUGCUAGUUUGGAUCUGUUGGCAUCAGAAGCCAUUAUUAAUAGCAGAAACCCUUUGAUGACAUUUAAGCUCCUUUCUCAGGAUUUCCCCAUGUAUGCUCAGCAUCUAGUGUCAAAGGUCAGUAUUAGUGAUGAUCUUAUCGAAGACGUCAAUCAUCUUCAAUCUCAAGCUAUACCUGAAGGGAAAAAUGCUAUUUGGCUAAAUGGAAUUUCAAUUGAUCUUGAGGAAACAGAUGCCUUCAGCAUUCUUUCGUGGUUGCGUAAAGAGCGUCGCAUUUUAUCAGGCUUUCAAAAGUUAGGGAUAGAGCCUUCGAAGGCUUCAAAAGUCUUAUCUAGUGAGCAAUUUGACGUUACAGAAGCCCAAUUUAAGUUCUUCCGCUUCCACUCCCAGGAUGACUUGGAAGACAAUAAGGCAAUUUUUUGGAUGAACGAAGUUGAGACUGACACACGGUAUAGUAAAUGGCCCAAGAGUAAUAUGCAAUUGUUGACUCCGAUUUACCCAGGUCAAUUACACCUUUUACGGAAGCAAUUACAUACUGUUAUAUAUCCAAUUUUCCCUUCUAGUGACUCUUCCAUUUCACUGCUUUCCGAGCUUGUUCAGUUUUCUCGUCGACCUUCUCCUGUUCAAACUGGGCUUGUUUGUGUAGCACCUGAAGAGGAUGAAUUUGGCAAGACGAUUUGUCGUGCAUUCCAUUAUGUUGCUAGAACAAAUUCAAAGCCAAGUGCACUUAAGUUUUUGUUUAAGUGUCUUGCCGGUGAUCCAUCUGCGGGUGCUUGGGCUCUUGUUGAAGAACAUAUGCCCGUUGAAGACUACGAUGAAGAAACUUUCCAUAAAAUAAAGACAUCAUUAAAUUCCAAUAUUUACGAUACGAUUUUAUCAAAGAGCUUUCAGUGGAGUUCACGCUUAGGUUUAGAUCCAGAAAGUCAGGAAGUUAUUGUUAACGGACGAAUAAUUGCCCAUGAUGAAAAUUAUGACAGUAACAUGUACAGCAUAUUUAUCGAAGAUAUCCCGGAAAUCCAGUUGGCUGUAGCUCAAGAAAUGGUCUCUGAGGAAGAAAACUUAUUGGAUUAUCUCCUAAAAGAUGCACCGCAUACUCGCAAUCCUUUAAUUUAUCCUUCUUCAAAAUCUAAAAUAAAGCAAGUUGAUAUGCUUAACCUUUUAGACGACACAGGCUAUACCCAUUCUGAUCUAUUGACCAUCGGCGAUAAAAAAGCGAAAUACUCAAUUUGGUUGGUUACAGAUUUCGCUUCUGAAGAAGGAUUAGAAUUAACCACAACGCUGGCUGAAGCAGUUUCAAAGUUUGAAAGCAGUAACCUGGUUUUGGUUCAAUCUGACUUAGAAAACGAAUUGCCAGCGUUAAUUACUCAACUUAGCUCUUCUUCCCACCAUACAACUGAACAUCUUUUAAAAGUAUUGAACAAAAACACGAAGAAAAAGCAAUCAAAAUUAACGUGUAAAGUGAAAUCUAAACUGGCUAAAUAUUCAGAAGCAUCCAAAGCAGUUGUUGCGAAAAUCAAUAAUCCCAGUCAAUCGGUAUUGAUACUAAACGGAAGGUUGAUCAAUUCAAUUUCUGUUGACAAGUUAGGAGUGCAAGAUCUUGAAAUGCUACUCUCUCAUGAAAAAAGCAACUAUAUAGACAAACUUGAUAAUGCUCUUGUGAACGCUACUGAAUUAAAAAAGAAAGGAAUUUUACCUUUUGUUAGCUCAUAUCUAAAGAAGCUGGAAUUUGAUUAUGUGCGUGGCUCCGUUCCAGGACAUGAAAAGGCUAUGUUCCCUAGAGAUAAUUUCCACAGCCAGCUGCCACCUAGUUCCUUAACAAUAGGAACGGAUAAUUUCGACUCCUGCACUUACCAUUUUGUUGCCAUUUUAGAUCCCUUGUCUAAGGCAUCCCAAAAGUGGUCUGCUAUACUUGAAUCCAUUUCUCAUUUGGAUGGGGUCGGGGUUCGUAUUUAUUUAAAUCCGUCAAAAGGCCUUUCUGAUUUCCCUCUUUCCAGAUUCUAUAGGUAUUCCAUUGAACACGAACCUGUUUUCCGUUACGACGGUAAAUUCAAAGAUUCAGGUGUAGAAUUUGAUAAACUUCCGGCAGAGACUCUACUUACUAUGGACAUUGAAUCUCGUGAUACGUGGGUUGUAAUGCAAGAGGAAGUUGACAUUGAUCUGUAUAAUAUUAAAUUGGAACACACAUCAUCUGAGGUACUUGUUGAGCCUAUUUCAGCGGUUUAUGAACUCAAGAAUAUCCUUAUACAAGGAUUCUCUCAAGAGGAGAAUGUGAAAAGUCCACCUCGUGGAAUGCAGUUAGCAUUGGAGACAACUAAGCACGAACAUUUUACUGACACUAUCAUUCUUGCUAAUCUGGGUUACUUUCAACUGAAAGCUAAUCCCGGUAUUUGGAAUUUGAAACCGUUACCUGGUCGUUCAUCUCAGUUUUAUACUAUUACGACACUGAAUAGGCUGGAUUCUGGUAAAGAAAAGCAGGUGGUUUUAGAUAGCUUUGAAGGGGCCACUUUAUAUCCCGUGAUGCGAAGGAAUCCUGGUUUUGAAUCUUCCGAUAUAUUAGACGAAGAUAUGAGUCCACAGAGAUUUUUCGACAAAAUGAAAAAGAAACUUAAUUUCUUUAAAAACAAAAACAAAGAUCCAACCAUCAACAUUUUCUCUGUUGCCAGCGGACAUCUGUAUGAACGUUUUAUGUAUAUCAUGACGAAGAGUGUGAUGCAGCAUACUAAUAAAAAAGUGAAGUUUUGGUUUAUCGAAAACUUUCUUUCCCCUUCUUUUAAGCAUUCGAUUCCAGUCUUGGCGAAUGAGUACGGAUUCGAAUACGAAUACGUAACAUACAAUUGGCCAGAAUGGUUAAGAAAGCAGGACGAGAAACAAAGAGAAAUAUGGGGAUAUAAAAUAUUAUUUUUGGAUGUCUUGUUUCCACUCGAUCUUCAUAAAGUUAUUUUUGUGGAUGCCGAUCAGAUAGUCCGUGCGGAUUUACAGGAGUUAAUGGACAUGGAUUUGCAAGGAGCGCCAUAUGGAUAUACUCCCAUGUGCGAUUCUCGCGAAGAAAUGGAAGGUUUCCGUUUCUGGAAGCAAGGUUAUUGGAAAAAGUUUUUGCGUGGUCUUAAAUACCAUAUAAGCGCUCUUUACGUCGUUGAUCUUGAUCGUUUUCGUAAAAUGAGUGCAGGAGAUUUACUUCGUAGACAAUACCAAUUAUUGUCAGCCGACCCAAACUCAUUGUCAAAUUUGGAUCAAGAUUUACCCAACAACCUCCAACAUCUCAUUCCGAUCCACUCACUUCCUCAAGAAUGGCUUUGGUGCGAGACAUGGUGUGAUGAUCAGAGUCUGAAAAAAGCCAAAACGAUUGAUUUGUGCCAAAAUCCAUUAACCAAGGAAAAGAAACUUGAUCGAGCUCGUCGCCAGGUGAGCGAAUGGACGACGUAUGACAAUGAAAUUUCAGCGAUGCUUCGGAAUGCUGAAGAAUCUCGACUUGCCUUUACAUCUCCUGUUCAGGAUCUACCAGAUAACAAUAAGGAGACAGAUGAGCUAUAAACCGCGGUUAUGUUUUAUUUAUAUUUAUUCCAGUACUCGUUCCUUACAAAUCGAAAUCACCAAGCCUUCAUUAAAUUGUUAAUAUGACAUGAAAAUGAAUAUCACAAAUAUCAAAAAGGAUAAAAACCGGAACGUGAACGUAAGAAUCAAGUUUUUUUAUUAUAAGAAUUAAAUAUAUUCACAAUAUUUUUGGUUUACCCUAUAAAGAAGCCUAUCCUUCAAUACUUUGCCUUCCUUUUGAAGCAUAUCUUAUUUAAUUCUCUCUUUUACUCGCUAGAAAUUUUCGA